AUGGUGUGGAUCGCCGGUCAGACGGCUUCCGACAAGAACAACACCGUCAUUGGCACGACGCUUGACGAGCAGGUUGAUGUGGCUGCCGACAACGUCAAGAAGGCGCUUGAGGCAGUGGGGGCCUCAGUGGACAACCUUGUACAUGUCCAGUAUUUCAUCGCCCAGUACGACCCCGACACCGAUUUCCCCGCUGUUCUCAAGGCUGGCAGAAGCCUCGCAAGCUCCAGGGGAGGAAGUCCAGCUGCCGAGCUGAUCGGAGUUCAGUCAUUGGGACUUAGAGAGUACCGCAUUGAAAUAUCGGGUGUGGCUGUAUUGCCCUGA